AUGGGAUGCGGGUAUUUUGGAUUAGCAGCAAAUCACUCCCAGAACCAUCAACGACAGAAACACGAAAUCGGCACACCCGGUUUUGGCCACCAGACAAGAAAAGAAAAAAGAAAUAUGAAGACAAAAAAGGAAAAAGGUCAUCGAACACAAAAAGACGAAUGCCGUCGCCUGCCCUCGCUGAAGAACGUGAGACAUGACCAAACCAUAACGAAAACGACAAAUCAAUCACGAAUAUACCAAAAUAACGACACUCGGACUCUCCCGUCUGCCCGGACACUCAUGUCUCUUCGCUCUCGAGCAGAGGUGUCUUGCCUUUCCGAGCCUCCAUUGCACAAGAACGGCCAAGGUAAACAAAUAACAGAUAUCCCACCCAGACAAAGUCAACCAGAUAUUAUCCAUUGUUCAUAA